UUCUGUUCUUACUCGGAUUUUCUCGAAACUCAAGCGUUUUUUCUGAUAAUUGUUUCUGGGGUUGGGGUUAUGUGAUACGUUGAUGCGGUAGGUGUACUCUUCUCUGCGAUUGAUAAGUAUCAUGUUUUCGAUCAGCUGAGAUCGUUGAUUUUAGAUUAUAGAUUUCAUCUCUUGUACGAUUGAUCUUUUAUGAUAAUCAUUGCCGGUUGUGAUACUUUGCGAGCCGUUGAUUGCCGCCCACGGGCGUUCCUUCGUUGUGCUAUUCGAUUCAGGCCAAACCUUAUCUUUCCGCCAUGUCGUCCAAGCAAGGAGGGAAAGCAAAGCCUUUGAAGCAACCCAAGGUUGACAAGAAAGAAUACGAUGAGGUUGAUCUGGCGAAUAUGCAGAAGAAGAAGGACGAGGAAAAGGCGCUGAGAGAGCUGAAAGCGAAGGCCCAACAGAAGGGGGCCUUUGGAGGUGCUGGGCUGAAGAAGAGCGGGAAGAAAUGAUGAACUUCCCACGCAAUAUAUAGUAUAAUGAAAACUGAAUAAUGCAAGAGUCGAAUGCUUUCUUCUCUUCUCUUCUCUUCUCUUCUGUUCUGUGUAAAAACCUGGAAGACCAGAAUGAAAUAUGAAUGAAUGAUUAUUGAAGUUCGAGUGCUUUU